AAUGGAAAUAAAGAAAGAAAUGGAUACCGAAAGGAUAACAGGAUCUUUUGAUGGAAGAAUAAAUGAAAUAGUACAAGGAGGAAGAAAUGUCAAAACAAGUGAUCGUUAUAGGAUCAAAGUUUUGCAAAAUGAAGUCUAG